GCAGACAAGUCGUUUACAUAUGAUUAUGUAUUUAAUACAAAGACAGAUCAAUCACAAGUAUAUCAACAAGCUGCAUCUCCAUUAUUACAUAAAUUCAUUGACGGAUUUAAUGCUACCAUAUUAGCCUAUGGACAAACAGGAUCCGGUAAAACAUACAGCAUGGGUACAAGUUUAGAAAACACAUCAAGUCACGGAAAUGAAGGCAUUGUGCCUCGUUGCAUCGUUGAAUUAUUUGAUAUUUUAAAGAACCGUGAAGCACAGGAUCCGGAAUAUAAAUAUGAAAUAUAUGUGUCCUUUCUUGAACUUUAUAAUGAGGACUUUAUUGAUUUAUUAAACAAUACACAGCAAACAAAGCGCAGAUCACAGCAACAAUUACCACAAGUGACAGAAGUGUCCAUUAGAGAAGACAUAACAGGUCAUAUAUAUUGGACAGGUGUCAAGGAAGAAAUUUGUUACAGCCCACAAGACGUAUUGAACCAUCUCGCUCAAGGUUCACUUAAUCGUACAACCGGUUCUACCGAAAUGAAUUCAGUCUCGUCUCGAUCUCACGCCAUAUUCUCAGUCUUGUUAAAACAGCAAAAACCAUUGGAAGAGGAUGGAAAAAAAAUGAUCAAGUCAUUAUCAAGUAAAUUUCAUUUCGUUGACUUGGCCGGUUCCGAACGUUUAAAAAGAACACAUGCUCAAGGUGACCGAGCCAGAGAAGGUAUUGCUAUCAACUCUGGAUUAUUGGCACUAGGCAAUGUCAUUUCUGCUCUUGGUGAUGAGGCUCGCAAAGCGACUCAUAUACCCUAUCGAGACAGCAAACUCACUCGUCUCCUACAAGAUUCUUUGGGCGGUAACAGUCAAACGCUCAUGUUGGCCUGUGUAUCACCAGCAGAUACCAAUUUUCAAGAGACUCUCAGCACGCUCAAAUAUGCGAACCGUGCUCGCAACAUCAAGAACCGGGUAAGCAUCAAUCAAGAG